AUGGUCGAUUUUGCGGGUUAUUCAAUGCCUGUUCUUUACAAGGGCCAGAGUCAUCUCGAAUCGCACAAGUGGGUUAGAGACAACUGUGGUGUCUUCGACGUCUCUCAUAUGUUGCAGCAUCGGAUCAAAGGACCAAACACUACCUCUUUUCUGCAGAAGUUGUGUCCUACUGACUUGCGCUCUCUCAAGCCAUUUCACUCCACACUGACCGUCUUGCUUAACAACAAUGGAGGAGUUGUUGACGACUGUAUGGUCACGAAGCACGACGAAGAUAGUUUCUAUAUUGUUACGAAUGCAGGAUGCAGAGCUAAGGACGUUGAGUUUAUCAAAUCAGAGCUCAGCAACUACAAUGAAGGUUCUGGCAUUGAACACCAGACGUUUGAAGGUGGCCUUCUCGCAAUCCAAGGACCGAAAGCUCAGGAUGUUAUUUCUAAGCUCACCUCCUCUGAUCUGAGCACUUUGUACUUUGGUCAGUCCAGAUUUAUUCCUUUGGACGGUUUCGGAUCCCCAGAAAAAUUCCACAUCGCAAGAGGUGGUUACACUGGUGAAGAUGGAUUUGAAAUUUCCAUCCCAGAAAUAGGCGUUGCCAGAGAGUUCUUCCUUGCUCUUUUGCAGAACGACGCUGUAAAACCAAUUGGCCUCGCAGCAAGAGAUUCGCUAAGACUUGAGGCAGGAAUGUGCCUAUAUGGCCAUGAACUGAACGAAGAGAUAACGCCUGUUGAGGCAUCCUUGAACUGGCUGGUCUCCAAGUCUAGAAGGUCGGACAAGUUCAACGGAAGUGAAAAGAUUUUGAGCCAGCUGGAAAAUCCAAAGUCGGUUACUUUCAAGAGAGUUGGCAUCAAAUCCAAAGGCCCCUCCCCUCGUCAGGGAAAUAGGAUAUUCGCUAGCGACGAUCGGUCCAAGCAGAUCGGUGUGAUUUGCUCUGGAUCUCCUUCUCCUACUCUUGGAGGCAAUAUUGGCCAGGCAUUUAUCAACAAGCCAUAUCAGAAGACCGGCACAGAAGUCCUGAUUGAAAUUAGAGGCAAGCUAAGACCCGCAAUCGUGUCCAAGAUGCCGUUCGUUGAGCCAAAAUAUUAUCGCCCCUAA